CUGAGCUUUACCCGAACAUCAGCGCUGACACCAACCAACCACCGCCUGGCCGCCUCAGCCAAGCAAACGCGCGCGUAUCUUUUUCUUCGUCUGCAGCAUUUGAUUAUUGCUUCUUGAUUCACGUCCUUGUCGUCUUUACGAUGCAAUGAGAUAGCCUUGCCCGCCCGACCCAACCCGACCCUGCCGUUUCCGAUCGCCAUCGCCGUCGCCCAGAGAUUCCGGGCCGCACGCGACACACACGCUCUUACAAUGGCGCCCAACACCAACAACUUGGAUACCGCCGACCGCUCCGCCGCGCCGCAGAGCCUCGAAGUCGACACCCCGCGCCGAUGCUUCAUCUGCCUGACCGAUGAGGAGCCCUCCGACCCGCCGUCGUCGUGGGUCGACCCGUGUCCCUGCACGCUCGAGGCUCACCAGGACUGCAUGCUCUCGUGGGUCACCGACUGCGAGCGCUCCAACAAGCCGCUGCAGUGCCCCGUGUGCAAGUCGCAGAUCCGCCUCGAGGGCCCCUGGGAUCCCCUCGUCGCCCUGACCGAUGUCGUCUCCUCCAAGUUUACCCGCGCGAGCCCGUUCAUGCUGUUGACGUCGGUCACUAUGGGCGUCCAGUUCAGCCUGCAGAUGUACGGUGCCUGCGCCAUGUGGGCCUUUGCUGGACGGGAGUCGUUGGUGCAGUUCAUGUUGGGUCCGGAGCUGAAUGUGGGUGGCCAGAACUCGAGGAUCAUGAGGAUGGCAAGCGAGAGACUGGGCAACGCGCUGAUUCUCAUGAACGUGGGUCCGGCUUUGCUCCUAGGACAGUUGACUCCGUGGUUGGGCAACAAGAUCUUCCUCCCUACUGCUUCAUUGUACGGCGUCUACCGUGUCAUGCACGAUGAUCAAUUCCUAGCCUGGCCUCCUUCGCCCCAGAUGGCCAUGACCAUGUUCCCUUACCUCCGUUCAGCAUACCUCAACUUCUGGCGGGAGUUUGUAUUCCCCUACGAGGUCAACCUCAACCGACAGAUGCAGGGUCUACCCGCGCUGGAGCCCCGGCCGAACGAGGAACCGGCUAACAACCAGCGGGCUGCCCAGCGGAACGAAAACGGCGGCGUUCUGGGCUUCCUGAAUAACCUCCUGGAUGCGCUCGAGCCCGACGACGACGACGAGGGUGGGGGUGAUGCAGCGGGGCAGCUGAGAAUUGCCCACGAGGAGGGUAACGAUGCGGAGGGGAACUUGGUCGUUGAUAUCGUCAUCGAGGAGGUUGUCGACAUUGUUGAGGAAGAUGUUAAUGAGUUUUCUGAUGAUGAACAAGAUGGAAUCGAAGGCGGCUGGGGUCGACGGGUAGACCAGCCCCCGGUACAAGCUGCUCCAGAGGUAGGACGAGAGCCGGCCGCCGCACCGGCAGAACCCCCUGCGGACCUCCCUGCGCAGCACAACGAACACGAAGCUCCGCAAGCGCCUCCGGCACGCCGGCCUGGCCUCGGAACCAUUCUCUCCGGCGUGUCCAACGCCAUCGUCAGCGCCCUGAUCCUACCGGGAAUCUCGUACGUAAUGGGCGAGCUGCUCCGGCUGGCAAUGCCCAGGUCGUGGACCACGAUGCCUAGGAAUCCGUGGUUCCGCACCGUGGGCAUCAUCCGACCGGGCCUGUUCCAGCAGCAGUGGGGACGCAGCUUGGUGGGCGGGUGCUUGUGGGUGGUGAUGAAGGACGUGGUGCGGCUGUACACCAAGUACCGCAAGGUGGCGGCCAUGGGGAAGCGGAGGGUGAAGAAUGUAGAGAGGCAUCGGAGGGGCAAGUGAGAAAGACGCCCGAACAGAUAGCGGCCCUGUGGGAAGCCUUGGUUUACGAGCUGGCGAAGCAUUAGACGGAGUUUAGGGGGGUUGCAG